CCGGGGACGUGCCUGACGCUGCGCAAGUGGCUCUUCACCACCGAGGAGGAGGCGCUGCUCAACGACAACGACCUGGCCGUCGCCUACUUCUUCCACCAGGCCGUUGAUGAUGUCAAGAAAGGCUACAUCAAAGCCGAGGAGAAAUCCUACCAGCUGCAGAAGCUCUGCGAGCAGAGGAAGAUGGUCAUGUACCUGAACAUGCUGCGGACGUGCGAGGGCUACAACGAGAUCACCUUCCCUCACUGCUCGUGCUUUUUCCAUAGUUCUGGAGGAAAAGGUGGAAAAACUCGUUUUCCCUGGUUUUGAACAGGAUUUUUUCCACAGAUCCACUGGCUGGGAUGUUCCAGGAGGGAAAAAUGAGCUGGAAAAGCAAUUUUUUCCUUUUUUUUCAUGUCUUGGGUGGACGAGGGGAAAAACCCUCUGGAAAAGAUAAUUUCCCAAAUUUUGAGUGGGUUUUUCCCAUGUUUUGAGAUUAAAAAUAAGGUGGAAAAAAGCAAUUUUUUCCUUGGAUUUGAGCAGGUUUUAUCCACAGGAGGCCCAGCAGGAAAAAUCACCUGGAAAAGCCAUUUUUUCCUGGAUUUUGAGUGCAAUUUUUCUAUGUUUUGGGAGGAAAAAUAAGGCGGAAAAUUCAUUUUUCCUUGAUUUUGAGUGGGAUUUUUCCAUGGAUCCGGCAGCUGAGGAAUUCCUAGAAGGAAAAAUUAUGGAAAAGCUGUUUUUCCUUAGUUUUGAGUGAGAUUUUUCCAUGUUUUGGGAGGGAAAAAAAUCACCUGGAGAAGCUGAUUUUGCCUGGUUUUGGGCUGGCCUGGAGCUGGUCCCACCAAGGUUUGGGGUGGGAAUAUUUGGGAAUAUUUUGCAACCAAAUAUUUUGCAACCAAACCCAGCCAGAAUUGCUCCAAAUUGGGAUUUUUUUCCCCAAAAUUCCCUUUUUGGGAUUGGUUUUUCCCCACUCCUCCCCCUGGAUGGGGAUGGGGGAAAAUAAUUUUUUUUUUUUGUUUUUUUUGAGGGGGGGAAAAUCCCAAAUCCUCGGCUCCGGAGCAGCUGAGAGCCGGGAAUUAAUUCCAUUAAUUGGAUCCCUGUAAUUAAUUGGAUUUCCGUUGUCCUCGGGAGCCCCGAGCUGUGGAAAACCCAGGAAUGGGGGAGGGAAACUGGGAGAGGUUUGGGAUCCCCCAAAAUCCUCCCUAAAAUCUCCUUCAGCACCCCCAAUUUGGGUAAAAAUCCCAGGAAAAGUUUAAUUUUGAUCCCAAUUAUCCCUUUUAAUGGAUCACGGAGAACUCAACCAUCUUCCUGUGGAUUUUUUUUUAAUCCAAAAAGCAAAAAAAAAACCCAAAAAAGGGAGAAAUCAGUCUAAAAAAUACAAAAUCAAACCCUUGCCCCUUUCUUAUCCCAUUUUCCCUCUUCCAGCUGCUCCCAUUCCUCGGGUUCCCAGUCGGGAAAAGCCCCUUUAGUGUAAUUAAUUGUAACAUAUUCUUUUAAAUAAAUUGAUUUAUUGAGGAAAUUC